AUGUCUUUUACAGCUCGUCAAAUUGGUGCCCCAAACACUUUAGACUACAGAGUCUUCAUUGAACAAAAUGGAAAGCCAGUCUCUCCAUUUCACGAUAUUCCAUUAUACGCUAAUGAAGAAAAGACUGUUUUAAACAUGAUUGUUGAGGUCCCAAGAUGGACUAACGCCAAGUUAGAAAUCUCCAAGGAAGAAAAAUUAAACCCAAUUCUCCAAGAUACCAAGAAGGGUAAAUUGAGAUUUGUCCGUAACUGUUUCCCACACCACGGUUACAUUCACAACUACGGUGCUUUCCCACAAACCUGGGAAGACCCAAAUCAAGUCCACCCAGAAACCAAGGCUAAGGGUGAUAACGAUCCUUUAGAUGUUUGUGAAAUUGGUGAACAAGUCGCAUACGUCGGGCAAGUCAAGCAAGUCAAGGUUUUAGGUGUCAUGGCUUUAUUAGAUGAAGGUGAAACCGACUGGAAGAUCAUUGUCAUCGAUGUCAACGACCCAUUGGCUUCAAAGUUAAAUGACAUUGAAGAUGUCGAAACCCACUUGCCAGGUUUAUUGAGAGCCACCAACGAAUGGUUCAGAAUCUACAAGAUUCCAGAUGGUAAGCCAGAAAACCAAUUCGCUUUCUCCGGUGAAUGUAAGAACAAGAAGUACGCCGAAGAAAUUAUCAACGAAUGUAGCGAAGCUUGGGAAAAGUUGAUCAAGGGUGAAGCUGCUGAGUCUAAGGGUAUCGCUUUAGAUAACACCACCUUGUCAUCUACCCAAACCUUCUCUGAAGCUGCUGCCAGUAGUGUCCCACCAGCUUCCGUUCAACCAGCUGCUCCAAUUGACAAGUCCGUUGACAAAUGGUUCUUCAUCUCUGGUGCUCAUUAA